AUGUUUUUGUACGAGCUGAUCACUCUCAAGCAUCCAUUCGAAGGACAAGAGCACGUGAAAGAACGUUUAUUGGAGGGCGCUCGGCCCGUGUUUUUGCCACAUGAGUUGUUAGUUCCAUCACCAAUGUUGGACUUGGUAAUCCACUGUUGGGCAACGUUGCCAGACGAUCGACCGUCAUCAUCUCAGCUUGUGGGAUAUUGUUCUGCUCCUGAAUUUACUCACAUACUUGAUGUUUGUGAGCUUGAUGAGGCUUUACCACCCUCCUCUGUUCUACCUUACUAUAUUGGUGAUGAUAUGGAUGAUCCAGACGAUUUUGAAGCUCAACUUUGGUUAGGUGGUAAAAAUAUAACGGUGAUGAGUUGCACGCAGUAUGGAUGGCUGGAUCAGAAGGUCGUUGAAACAUCUCUUCGUCCGCGAUUCACCAAUAGAGUUCGUGAUACAGUUUGGUCCUGCGACGAGAGUGGUGAAGUCACGGUUUUCGCCUCGUCCCUGCACGAGUUGACGCGAUUGCAGUUGCCUUCACUCACUGCACCAAUUGUUAGUCCAGAGUGA